UUUUUUUUGUACUUUACCUCCUUAUAUCCCACAUUAUAUUAUAUUACACUUUUUUAAAAUAAAAUAAAAUAAAAUUAUGGCAACAAAAGAAAAUAAAGCAUAUACAACUCUUGAUCAGAGUUCAAUGCCUAACUUUAAUUCGUCUUGGGUUAAUUAUAAAGGAGCAUGGCUUACAACAAUCUUUGUGAUAAUUGCAUUAAAAGCUUUAUUUACAAUCAUACCUUUUUUUACACCAGAAGCAAGUUGGACAUUAACUAAUUUAACUUUUAAUUUUGGUCAUUAUAUUAUGUUUCAUUGGGUACAAGGCAUCCCAUUUGAGAAUAAUCAAGGAGCUUAUGAUGGAUUAACAUUAUGGGAACAAAUUGAUGGAGGAGUUCAGUUUACUGCAACUCGUAAAUUUUUCACAGCAGUUCCUAUAGCUUUAUUUUUAUUAAGUACACAUUAUACACAUUAUGACUUUUUUUUUGUUUUAGUUGCAAAGUUGCCAGUUAUGCAUCGUGUUCGAAUCUUUGGCAUCAAUAAACUUGAUUAUGAGAUGGAUUAAAAAAAAAAAAAAAAAGAAA